AUGAACAAAGAGCAGCAUAUCCUAUUUGACAGCUUCCCCUUGACAUUUCUGAGUGAGGAGGUAGACUACAGCAACUUCAAAGAUGAAGAGGAGAAGAACUACCGUGAAAAGAUUUCCAAAAUGACGGAGGAGUUGAAAUCACUUAGAAUGGAAAUCACAGAGAAGCAUUCCAUAAGGAGCAUGUUGGAAGAAAAAGUAGCCAUGUUACAAAAUGAGGAACAGAUUAAACAGAACAACCUCAAAUAUGUGCUAAAUUUUUGCGACAAGCAGAUGUAUGAGCGUGAAUUGGGGAGUUUUCAAAAUAAUUUAGAACAACUGAGGAAGCAGAUUCAAAAUAGUAACUGCAAAAUUAAGUUGCUUAUUGAAAAAGAAUUCAAGGUGAGGAAGCAGCUGCAACUGAGGUACAUGAAGCUCUACGACCUGCUCAACGAGCGCGUUCGCUACAUCCUGAGUGAUUACGUAAAACAUCGGAAGUGCGCCUGCGCGAUAUUUGCCUACCGCCAGGAGGGGAAGGACCAGGCGCGAGGGGGCAGCGCGGAGCAGUGA